ACUUUGAAACGCGUUGAAUUGUGCGACACGAGUCAAUCAAAUACACACACACACACAUAUACAUAUAUAUAUAUACAAAACAAUACAUAAAAAGAAUACAUUGUGAUUUUUUUUGGUUCUGAUUAGAAAGUGAAUAUAUAUAUAAACGCACACACUAGCACAAGCUGACCAAGUCCAAUUGGAACAAACACAAGAAAGCAGCGGUGCGCGUGAAAACAACCCGAAGCAAAAAAGCAGAAGCAGCGGCAGCAGCAAGCGCAAGAAGUUUUUUUAGAUUUAUCUAACACACACACACACAAACACAAAAAAAAACAAAAAUGGCCGAGUCUAAUAAGAGAAAUAUUCCCAUCAAAUUGGGCGACUUCAGCGUUAUCGAUACGGAAUUCAGCAGCAUACGUGAACGCUUCGAUUCCGAGAUGCGUAAAAUGGAGGAGGAGAUGGCCAAGUUCCGUCACGAGCUGAUGAACCGCGAGGCCAAUUUCUUCGAGUCAACCAGCUCAACGACAAACUCGGCGCUGCCCUCACGCGUACCCAAGCAACAGAAUUAUGUGUCGGACAUUAGCUCGCCCUUGAUACAGGAUGAGGGCGACAACAAAGUGCUGAAGCUGCGCUUCGAUGUCAGCCAAUAUGCGCCCGAGGAGAUUGUCGUCAAAACUGUCGAUCAGAAGCUGCUUGUGCAUGCCAAGCACGAGGAGAAAUCAGACACAAAGAGCGUUUACAGGGAAUACAAUCGUGAAUUUCUGCUGCCCAAGGGCGUUAAUCCCGAGUCGAUACGCUCGUCCCUCAGCAAGGAUGGUGUCCUAACCGUGGACGCGCCCUUGCCAGCGCUCACUGCCGGCGAAACCUUGAUACCCAUUGCGCACAAGUGAACAGCCAGAGACGGCAUCUUCUCCAGCAAUAUACCCCGCAAUACACGAUAUCAACCUAUCCGCAACAGAUGUCCAGCGUAUUUCUAGCACCAUACUAAAAAAAAAAAAAAA